AUGAACAGUCGGUCCAAGAUGUCGAACGACAUAGCUGAAAGUGCAAAAGAGGACAUGAGGAAGAUGCUGCAGGACAAGGAGCAGCUGGAGUCAGAGGUGCUGGGGCUCCGAGCGGAGCUGCAGCAGCUGCAGACACUCAGUGAAAACCAGAAGUCAGAGAUACAGAGCUUGCAGAUGCUCGUUAGUGAGACCGUGGAGGCCUCGUCUUCAGGCACAGAAGAAGUUAGAAGAUUGAGAGUCAGGAACCUCGAGCUGGAACAGCAUCUGAACCAAAUGAGACAACAACAACAGGAGGUGUCGCUGGCGCCGGCCACCUUCGUGCGCUCGCUCGCCAGGAAGCUGGGCGCUGAUGCAGAGGAACAACAGCCUAGGAAAGAAGAGGAACUCCUCCGGUCCAUCAUCCAGCCGCUGGAGAUGGAGAUCUCAGCUCUGAAGACCAAGUUACGUGACACUGACGCGCAGCUACAGGAUGCUAUGGCGAAAGCGAAAGCAACAGCCGCAGCAGCUCCCAGUGCCGAUGCUAAGCAAGACGCAGAAUCGAGUAGACAAUGUGACAUGUGUGUGAACUACGAGAAGCAGCUCGUGCUGGAGCAGGCCAAGGCAGAGCAGGCGCGGGACCGCGCCAACAUGAAGGAACUCGCGCUCAAACAGGCGACAGACGAGUUGGAAGGCGUCCGUUCCCUACACGACGAGACAGUUCGGUCGUGGCACUCGGAGCGCCAGGCCAGCGCGGCCCAGCUGGACACGCUGCAGGCCUCCGUGCGCGCCGCCGCGGACGCGCUGCAGACCCACGUGCGGCAGGCCGAGGAGGCCGAGCAGAGGGCGCUGCAGCUGGUCACCGAGCUCACGGUCGAUAGAGAGACGCUGCAGAAGAAACUUGACAGUUUAGAAAGAGACAACGCGAUGCUGAUUGGUCAGUACACGAAGAAAGCAGCUGAAAUGCAGAACGAAAUCAUAGACUUACCCGACAAUGUAGAGGAGUUGCAAAUGCACACACUGCGUCUCCGCGAGCAGUUGAUAUUCUGCCAGCUGGGCAGGGAGGAGGCGGCCGCCGCCGAGCGAGACCUGCGGGCUCAGCUACUGGAACAUGGAGACCUGUUCCGGAGACAGGAGGCUGAGCUCGCCACGCUUAGAUCACAGCUCAAGGAGGCACUUGACGAGGUAGACCGACUACAAACAGAGCAAGCCCAGAUGAAGGAGCUGGGCGACAAGCUGCGCCAGUCGAGCGAGCUGGCGGAGCAGCUGCUGGACGACAAGCGCAGGCUGCAGGCCGAGCUGCACGACCUGCGCGCCAGGGUCACCGUGCUGCAGCAGGAACUGGACAACAGUGAGAAGGUGCAACAGGACUUUGUCCGGCUCUCACAGUCGCUACAGGUACAACUACAACGGAUCCGCGAGGCGGACACGGAGGUGCGAUGGCAGCACGAGGACGAUGUACACGACUGUCCUACCUGCCACACACAUCUACCCAAUAACAAGAAGAAGAUGCACUGCCGCCACUGCGGGCGCAUAUUCUGUGCGUCGUGCGUGUGCCACUCGGUGCCGGCGGGCCCGCGCGGCGCCCCGGCGCGCGUCUGCUCCGUCUGUCGCACGCUGCUGCAGCCGCACGCCGCGCCCUACUUCAGCACCGACCCGCCGCGCUCGCCCGACUAG